CUCUCUCUCUCUCUCUCUCUCUGUAUGGUCCGCCGGGCCGGUUCGCUGCGCAGGUUUGGAACGCGCGCCAUUUUGUGAAAUUUACGGAAAAACCUUGCCCAAGAAAACGCGAUUUAUCACGAAUGGGUCGGCGAGUUUUUUAACAGAAGAGCUUCUGUGGGGAAUGUACAAAUACAAAUGGAAACCUAUUACCGACGUCACUCAUUUCAAUGGUAAUAUAACAAUGUACGUUUUUUUUUUCCUUUCUGGAGCCAGCGUUUGAUCGCAUAAGUUUGUGUUUGGUAGUUACUGAAGAGGCGCUGUUGAUUUUGGGGGAAAUUGACAGCGUCCGGAGAAGAGAGAAUUUGCUUUUUUAAUCCCAGAGGCGUUUUAAUUUGGAUGGUACAUGGAGAAACUGGAUCUUUUUCCCUUCUUUUUUAUUUUUGAUUAAACGGUGGUCGUGCGUGGCCUUUACGGACAAAUCACUCCGCAAGACGGAGGAGAAGAACCUGCAGAAGAAAGGUAUUAAGACAUGGUUUAAAAGGGAACCAUAAAAAGAAGUAUUUUGAAGUUGUUAGUCAAGUUGAGGUAUGAUGAGCACAGCAAUGGACUAUUGUGUUCCGAAGUUAAGAGAAGUGCUAAGGAGGCUAUCCAAAUUUUUUUCAGCUGAAAGAAUUUAAUUCUCUUGGGUACUCCUGCCUGUAACAACGACUCUCCCCAAUGAUUGUGCUGGACUUUCAUAAACUACAACAAGCUGUGAGAAUCUUUUUCACACAGAAAGGGGCAUCAUCUCCUGAAAGCCUACUGCAGGUUUGCCAAGUGGGCACUGGUUUGCUGCUGGACCCUCCUCCUAGGAUGAUAUGAAAUUUAUCAGAAGACGAUGCAUACAGGGGGAGAGACUUCAGCAUGCAAACCUUCAUCUGUUCGGCUUGCACCUUCAUUUUCUUUCCAUGCUGCUGGCCUUCAGAUGGCUACACAAAUGCCUCAUACACAUCAGCAGUACAAUGACUGUCAUCCGCAGAGUACUGACCCAUCCGUUGCUGCAUUGUCUUACAAUGAACAGGUUCAGCAGCCAGUUGUCAACCAGAGGCGGAUGCCCCAAACCUUUCGUGAUCCUGCAACAGCUCCACUAAGGAAACUCUCUGUUGACCUGAUCAAAACCUAUAAACAUAUAAAUGAGGUAUACUAUGCAAAAAAGAAAAGACGGCACCAGCAAGGUCAGGGAGAUGAUUCAAGUCACAAGAAGGAACGGAAGGUUUACAAUGAUGGAUAUGACGACGAUAACUAUGAUUAUAUAGUUAAAAAUGGAGAAAAAUGGAUGGAACGCUAUGAAAUCGAUUCUUUAAUAGGGAAGGGGUCCUUUGGGCAGGUUGUUAAGGCAUAUGAUCGUGUGGAGCAAGAAUGGGUGGCAAUUAAGAUAAUCAAGAACAAGAAGGCAUUCCUAAAUCAAGCCCAGAUAGAAGUACGACUUCUUGAGCUAAUGAACAAACAUGAUACAGAAAUGAAAUACUAUAUAGUUCACCUUAAACGUCACUUUAUGUUCCGGAACCACCUCUGCCUAGUUUUUGAGAUGCUUUCUUACAACCUCUAUGAUUUGCUGCGCAACACAAAUUUUCGUGGUGUCUCUUUGAACUUGACACGCAAGUUUGCUCAGCAGAUGAGCACUGCACUUCUUUUCCUUGCAACACCAGAACUGAGCAUCAUCCACUGUGACUUAAAGCCCGAAAACAUUCUUUUAUGUAACCCUAAAAGAAGCGCCAUCAAAAUUGUUGACUUUGGAAGCUCUUGCCAAUUAGGACAAAGGAUAUAUCAGUAUAUCCAGAGUCGGUUUUAUAGAUCCCCUGAGGUGCUGCUGGGAAUGCCUUAUGAUCUUGCAAUUGAUAUGUGGUCUCUUGGCUGCAUUCUUGUGGAGAUGCACACUGGAGAACCUCUUUUCAGUGGCGCAAAUGAAGUGGAUCAGAUGAAUAAAAUUGUUGAAGUUCUUGGAUUUCCUCCCAAUCACAUUCUUGAUCAUGCCCCCAAAGCUAGAAAAUUCUUUGAAAAGUUACCAGAUAGCACAUGGGGUGUGAAGAAGACCAAAGAUGGAAAACGGGAGUAUAAACCCCCAGGUUCUCGCAAACUUCAUAAUAUCCUUGGUGUUGAGACUGGAGGCCCAGGAGGCCGUCGAGCUGGAGAAUCAGGUCAUACUGUAGCUGACUACUUGAAGUUUAAGGACCUCAUUUUGAGAAUGCUUGACUAUGAUCCCAAGACUCGAAUUCAGCCCUACUAUGCCCUGCAGCACAGUUUUUUUAAGAAAACUGCAGAUGAAGGGACAAACACAAGCAAUAGUGUAUCUACGAGUCCUGCCCUCGAGCAGUCUUCAGGAACCACAUCUAGUACAUCCUCAAGUUCUGGAGGUUCAUCUGGUACAAGUAACAGUGGAAGGGCAAGAUCAGACCCAACCCAUCAGCAUCGGCAUAGUGGGGGAAAUUUUAAUGCUGCUGUUCAGGCUAUGGACUGUGACACUCACUGUCCACAGGUGCGACAGCCAUAUCCUCCUCCAGUAGGCUGGAAUGGAAGUGACGGUAGUCAACAGGUGACUGUAGAGACUCAUCCAGUCCAAGAGACCACUUUCCAUGUAGCUCCUCAACAGCCUAACACUUCGCAUCAGCACCAUGGCAGUAACAGUUCUCACCACCACCACCACCACCACCACCAUCACCAUGGUCAACCAGUUUUAGGAAACCGUAACAGACCUAGAGUUUACAACUCCCCUACAAACAGCUCAUCCACCCAGGAUUCAAUGGAGGUAGUCCAUAGCCACCACUCUGUGACCUCACUGUCUUCCUCUGCUUCCUCUUCCUCCACGUCAUCAUCCUCUACUGGUAACCAAGGAAACCAGGCCUACCAGAACCGCCCAAUAGCUGCCAAUGCCUUGGAUUUUGGUCAUAAUGGCACAGUGGAUGUGAAUUUGAGUGUAUUCUCAAAUCCUCGCCAAGAAACCGGCAUAACUGGACAUCCAUCAUACCAGAUUGCAGCCAAUACUGGUUCUGUACACUAUGUGACAGAGGGACAUCUGGGCAUGCGACAAGGGAUUGACCGGGAUGAAUCUCCGAUGGCUGGUGUCUGUGUCCAACAGAGUUCAGUGGCUAGUUCGUGACUAAACUGAGAAUGGGUUUGUUUUUUUUUCCUGUGUGUAUUUUUAAAGGUGUUGUUUUUCAAAAAAAAGUGCAAAGACAUCAAAUGCUGCUGCUUAAGUCAGAAGGGAGCUUAUCACUCAACCAUUACCACAGUGCAGAGCCAGUUGUUUGUUUUUUUAAUACAGUUAAUCAAAAUAGCUGAAAGACUUCAAAGUUUAAGUAGAUUCAGAAAAGAGUUGUGCACAAUCCUACAACUUGCCCUCUUCAUUUUUGUCAGGGUAUAGCAAACAUAUUAAGAAACAAGAGUUUUUACACAAUUAGAGUGUGUUCCAGAAGUAAAUUGGUUGUUAUCUGCAAAUGUGUAGGUACACGAAUAACAAACAGUGUAAAAUUGUUUAAAAUUUUUUAGUCAGCAGUUUCAGGGCUCUAUUUUAAAAAUUAUAAUAAAGUAAAUAAAAAAGCAGCUCACUGUUUGUCAUGUAGCUCUCAUAAAUUGCCUCCAAACUGGGGAAGAAUAUUUGCUGCAGUGGGACACAGCUCACCUGAAGGAAGUCAUAGUUUUUGAUGGUCAGCUGAAUUUUCCUUGUUUGCUCUUGUGGAAUUGAUGGUUAAUGCAGCAGUUGCAGCAUAUACCUGUCCCAACUUUUUGGGACCCAGGUUAGUUAGUGCUGGAACAUUUUGGGUCAAAAUUUAAUUAAAUGCACUGAAAAGCAAUCACCAGGUCUGUUUUGGCCAACAUAGGGAUUCAUCUGUGGAAGUCUUUCAGAUAACCCUUUGGCCUUAGGAGUUUUGACUGUAAAUGGGAGAUGCUGGACAUUAUAUAAAUGAAAUAGCUUUUCCUGUAUUUUUGAAGUGUAGACAGCCCUUAAUUAAAAAUGAGACUGAGAGAAUGGUAAUUUGAGGCCUUUGUUUUAACUGAAGUUAAGAUUUAAAUAACCCUCUGAUUGCAGGGUCUGUAAGUUAAUAUGUCCAAAAGUUAAUAUACUAAUAUAAGUCAAGGUCACAGACGUAGUUGCAUAAAUUUGAUGAAAAUAGCUACGAUUGUGUCCCUUCUUGCUUUUUAUUUGCUUUAUUCUUUGCUCUUUUAGAUCUGGGUUUCUGUUUGUGUUUUAUUUUUCCCCCCUUUUUAGCAUGUGGUUCUGCCACCAGACUUCUGCACAGAUGUCUUCUGUUCUUUCAGAACUUUUUUAAAAAAAAAAAAAUGCAGAUUUUUAUGUGACUGCUUAUUUUGCCUCACAUUUAUGCUGUGAAUUUUACAAGAAUUUAUUUUCUUUUUUUGAUAAUUUAUUGUACCAAAGCUGUUUUUUUAUAGCACAUAGAUGUCUGUAACCAAUAAUGUAGCAGUUCUGCACUUUGACACAAGGUGUAUCUAAACCUUUUUUAAAUGUCGGUGUAAAAAGAAAAAAGGCUGUAUCUAUUGCUUUAGCAAAACUGGAACUGUUGUUGAAAUUCAUUUACUGUUAGCUGUAUCCUGGACAAAAUUGGUUGUAACUUUAUUUUUAAAUUUCAUUUAAGAAUUUCAGAUUAAAACUUUUUUUAACUAUAUAAGGAAAAAUAGUGGCAGAUCUUGUCAGUUGCUCCGCUGGUUCCGGAGUACCAGGAUAAUGGCUAAUGUUUCAAGGCAAGUCCUUGUUUGCAUAAACUACAUGCAAGAGAAUGAUAUGAACAACGGUGCAUUAAUAUUCAAGUUUUAAUACAGAGCUUACCAGUCUGUUUAAAUAUGUGCCUAAUUUAAUGGGUUUUCCCGCCUUAAUUGCAGUCAUCAUGACAGUGGAUAAAGUGGCACUCUCGCUGUCAACCAAGAAGCAAUUUUAAUGCAGUAAUAAAGGCACUGUACGAAUCUUCUCGGACAGAAAGAGAUGAAUCUCUUGUUAUUUUAAAGUCUAAUCACAAAUGGAGAGUACAUCUGAAGCUGGACCCUUGCCACUUGUCAGUUUAUCCAAAUUAUAGAUUGGGAGGGUUUACGUGAUGAAACGCAUUGUGUAGGGAAAUGUCAUUUUAAGAUAUCUGUUCAUUUGUAAUUUGUUUCCAAAAUAUAUUGUGGAUUUGCCUUGAAAAAGUGUAAUUUUUAAAAUGUGAUAUUCUUAACCUAAAAGGUCGAUAAAUUCUUGGUAACAAGUACAGGUAUUAAAUUUAAAAUGUUACUCCUUUGUUUUAAAUACCAUUUUGACAACAUAUUUUACUUCUGGUUUUAUAGAUCAAAUUAUUUAAACCUGCUGAGUGAUUUCAGGUUGAUACAGCAGUGGAAGUGACCCACCAUUUGUUGUGUGGUGUGUGAAACUUCUAUGACCUGUUGGUUAAUACCAUUUUAAAAGGCUGAGUAGAUCUGUUAAAGUCAUUAAUAGAAUUCUUAGACUAUUUUAAGAUAAGUCUGUUUUAAUAAUAUAUUUUAUAAAAAAAAAAAAAACAAUAGUGGCAUUAAAAAUGAAAUGUAUGGUUUUUUUUUUAUUUAAUUGACAUCUAUAGUGGGUCCAUUUUAUGUCUAGCAGCCCUGUUUGCUGUACAUGUCCAUGAACUUGCAAGAAACUAGGAUUGUUAUGCCAUUGAAAUUUGUAACAUCCAGUAUUAUUUCAGUCUACCAACACUACAAUACCAUCCCCACCAUUAUACCUGCACUCUUUUCUGUCUUUUUCCUUUCUUGUUUCUCUCGUCCAGUUUUGAGUGAUUGACUACACAGUUUGGUUACAGGACUUCUGACAUGUGCACUGUAAAUGUAAACAGCAUGGGAAAGGAUAAGUACCUGUGUCCACAGAUUGUAAGAUCUAGUUAAGAUUUGCUGUGUAUAUUACAAUGUUACAAAAAUAUUACAAAUGGACAAGCCCUUUGUAUUAUAUUCAAGCGGUCUUAUGUAUGAUAAAAAAAAGAUUUAAUUUGUUCUGA